GCAAUAAAUCUGCUCCAGUAGAGAAAUGACUCAAUUAGGUAGCUUCCACAAGACGCCGGCGGCGACCUAAUCGCGCUCUCGCCUCCGAUCCGGUUCUUCUCGACCUCGGUCGGAAUCGGCAGCGGAGGACGGAGGAGGGGGAGAGAGAGAGGGAGAGAGAGUGAUCCUUGAACUCUCUCCGGGGUUCUUCUUCCGGAGCUGGUGCUACAGAGGGGUUAAAGUGGGGCUUUCCGCUGUCCUGCGAUGGAGAUCUUGAAUAAGUUGAGGAAUCUGGACGCGUACCCCAAGAUCAACGAGGAUUUCUAUAGCCGGUCGUUGUCCGGGGGCUUCAUCACUAUCGUCUCGUCCGUCGUCAUGCUGCUCUUGUUCAUCUCCGAGAUCAGAAUGUACCUUUAUGCAGCAACUGAAACUAAGCUAAUAGUAGAUACCUCCAGAGGGGAAAUGUUGCGUAUCAAUUUUGAUGUUACCUUUCCAGCAAUUCCUUGUUCUCUUCUCAGUGUUGAUACAAUGGAUAUCAGUGGUGAGAGGCACUAUGACAUAAGACACGAUAUUGUGAAGAAAAGAAUGGAUCAUCUGGGUAAUGUUAUUGAAUCAAAACAAGAUGGUGUUGGUGCACCUAAGAUCGAAAGACCUUUACAGAAGCAUGGUGGAAGACUUGAUCAUAAUGAGUCCUAUUGUGGUUCUUGUUAUGGGGCAGAAACGUCAGAUGAUCAUUGCUGCAACUCAUGCGAAGAAGUUCGUGAAGCAUACCAGAAGAAAGGUUGGGGUAUGACAAAUCCAGAUCAUAUCGAUCAGUGCAAGAGAGAGGGAUUCAUUGAGAGAGUAAAGGAGGAAAAUGGUGAAGGAUGCAACAUUGAUGGUUUUGUGGAAGUGAGCAAAGUUGCUGGAAAUUUUCACUUUGCCCCUGGAAAAAGCUUCCAUGGAUCUUUCAAUUUUUUGCAAGAUCUACUAGGCAUUCAGACUGACAAUUAUAAUAUAAGCCACAAAAUAAACAAAUUAUCUUUUGGAAAGGAAUUCCCUGGUGUCAUAAACCCACUUGAUGGUGUCAAGUGGACGCACACAACUACUUCUGGAAUGUAUCAAUAUUUCAUCAAAGUUGUUCCUACAAUCUAUACUGAUAUCAGAGGCCGUAAAAUUUACUCCAACCAGUUCUCAGUAACAGAGCACUUCAGAGAUGCAGAUGCAUAUCCGAAGCCGCCUGCUGGCGUUUACUUCUUUUAUGACUUCUCCCCAAUCAAGGUCAUAUUUACUGAAGAAAAUGCAUCGCUGCUGCACCUUUUCACCAAUGUGUCUGCUAUUAUUGGAGGUGUUUUUACUGUCUCCGGAAUCAUUGAUGCUUUUAUCUACCAUGGGCAUCGGGCAAUCAAGAAGAAGAUGGAACUUGGGAAGCACUCAUGAUUCCACCAUGGAUUGGAAUAUGGUUUACUUGAGGGAGGGGUCUGCCAACUCCAUUCGUUUGUGGGCAUAUAAGCUAGAGCGCAAAGAUGUAUACAACGGAAACAAAAGUCUGAUGAGAAUCGUCUAGUUGAUGUGUAGAACUCCAUUGCUGUUGUCAAGACCAAUGAUUUCUUUCCUUCAAACUUGAACAGAUGGAAAAUGUGGUUCCCAUCUUAGACUCCUAAAAUGAUUUUUAAAAACCAUAUAACAUCUUUUUACAUAGAAUAAAGUUUUAAAAGAAUCAUAAACA